UGGGUACGGUAAGAGUCAGCGAACCGCAUUCAAAACAAUACAUAAAUCCACGGCACACCGUCUGAUUCCUCUCCUCUCAACUUGCAAAAGAUCAUGUCGAAUAGGUUCCAUCUCAGUAUCACGCCUCUCAAACUUGCUGAUAUUCCCUCGGAGCAUUCCAUCUUGAGAGCUGGACGUGCUGCACUUACAUCUCCUAUACCCUGGAGACAAGGGAAGACCUAUUACCACACGGUGAGGACUUACUCACGCCCCAAAAGCCCUUGGGAUGGCGCAGCAUGGCAUUGUAGAGUCAGCGAACAUGGCUCAGACGAGGCUACAUUCGACGAAUUUUGGAGCAAGCUCGGUAUAAACAAAGCUGCGAACGAGAAGAACUUCACGUCGGAGAUCAAGAAGGUAACCCUCAUCAAGCAACUCUCGCCGUCGCAGUGCAUCUGCACCAUUUACUACACAUUCACGCCUCCAAUCUCACCGAGAGUCUUCACCGUCCUUCAGACCACCUAUCUAGAUGAGACCUAUCCUCGAAUGGGUUUCAUAGUCUCCAUCCCAAUAGACCUCUCGGACCAUCCAGAGCUUUCUAGAUUCGAAGAGAAGGGCGUUAGGGGACGCUACACCAGCGUAGAGCGCAUCAUGGAACUCGGCAACGGGAAGGUUGAAUGGCGCAUGGCUACUUCGAGCACCCCUGGAGGCAAUAUCCCCCAAAUCCUGAUAGACAGCACCAUAGCCGGGAAGAUAUCUGAGGAUGUCCCAUACUUUUUGAAGUGGCUGCGAUCCAUUCGUGCACGUCGUAGAUCCAUGCAUCGUAUAGAAUCAGUACACCGCGAAGUGCACACCGCCUUUGAAGGAACUAAUGCGAGUGCCACAGAAUGGCAAAGAGGGGAGACAGCGACGUCUACGACCUAUCUUCAUUUCCAAUGAAUAAAAUACUUGUACUUGAAGCCGGUUCCAGGACACAAUGGAGAUGGUAUGCGUGAUCAAGAUUCGGAUAGUAGGAUCAGAUAUCCGUCUAUUGUUACAGAUGAUCUAUAGAUUGGUCAGUUUACUUACGAAAAGUGGUAUAGUCUAUGAAGAACUUACAUUACAGAUGUGGCACUUCUUUCUAAGCAAGUUCAAGGUAUCUCUCCACUGGGUCAAGUAUCAGACCGGAGAACCGAAAGCGAACAGGCUACUCACCUUCCCAAUUGGUCACCGCUUCAUUCCAGAGCUUGAUCUCAUGUUGUCUAGUUCCGCCAAAGUGCUCAACGAGUUCAUCACCAAGUACCUCAGGGUCUCUAGCAAUGCUGUCUGGACGCAUCAUCCGCUCUGUGGCAGUCUCCAGAGAGGCCGGUAGCAUUUGAACCUACGAGAUUUGUGAGGAAAUUGACUCACGCAUGUUUGAGGAAAGUAUCUAGAGAACUAACCUUUCCUGUCUCCUUAUCUUCUUGCGUCAUCUGACUGAUAGGUGGGCAGGGUAAGGAAAGCUUCUGCUUGAUGCCGCGUAUGCCUAGUGCAAAAAUGGCGCUCAUCGCAAAGUAGGGGUUCAUAUCUGCUCCCGGGACGCGAACUUCCAAACGAGUGGCUUCAGGUGG